UCUGCCUGCGAGCCGAGGCUGGGCCGCCGGGGACCCUCAUGGGGGCGUAAUGUGAGGCGCGAGGCUGAUCCGGAAUCUCUCUCUGUUUGUUAGUGGACGUGAGGCACCGCCAAGUGACUCGUCACCACCCUCGGGGCUUUACCUCGCGCCCUAGAUGUCGCCUGUGAACAGGGAAAACAGAAUGAAGGAAGUAAUUUCUAAUAACACAACCAAUAUAUCUCAAGCAAGGAAAGCUGUGGAGCAGUUAAAAAUGGAAGCAUACAUGGACAGGAUAAAGGUAUCCAAGGCUGCAGCUGAUUUAUUAGCAUACUGUGAGGCUCAUAUCGGAGAAGAUCCCCUUAUUAUACCAGUGCCUGCAUCUGAAAAUCCCUUCAGGGAGAAGAAACUCUUUUGUACUAUUCUCUGAGUCAGUUUAUAAUUAAAAAUGUCCUUUGUGAAAAUCUAUUACUGAUGGUGCAUGCUUUUAGCAUUAGAUUUUCCCUGAGUUAUCAACAAUUAAACCCACAGUUAACAAUAUUUUUAGAAGCACACUACAUUUUUAUGGUAAAUAAGUGGUUUACAUGCAGAUUUAGGAUAUCCUCACUUUACUGCCAAUGCAUACAUUUAAUAAUUUCACUUAUCAGUAAAGACUUGUUUUUAAUGAAAGAAUUAAAUAUUAUAUUAAAUGGUUGUUAUUUUUUGCCAAUCAGAUUUUUCUGAGUACAAAAUGAGUCAUACAGAUUCUUGAGCCUAUUUAUAACUUUUGUUUUCUUAGAAAGGUAAAUAAUUUAUUUUCAUUUGCCUUUACAAAUUUGAAUCUUAAAUGCAGACUGUCCUCUCUUGAAGCAGAAUGCCAGUUGCUGCUGUAAUGCUGCCUGGAAUGGUCAAUCCUGUAUGAUAGAUGGUAUUUAUAAAUGUGGUGUUUAGUGGAAUUAAGCCACAUUGUGUGUCUGAAAUUUCCUUUACUGAACAAAAUAAAGGAGCCCGCAACGUAGGGCUUGCUAUCUUAGCUCUACUCCAAGAAGGCUUAUUGAAAUACAAAAAGCCAUUUGUCUCCCAUUCUAAAAUUGUAAUGGUAUAAGCUUUUGUAAGAAGCUCUGAGUAAAUAUUUGUUCAUUCUUUUAGUUGGCUGUGCUGUGGAGCACAUUACGAUGCUGCUUUUGAACAGAAGUAAAGUAGGCCCUUCAUUAAUACUUGCUACUUCAUUGCAACAGACUGCAAAGCCUCAAACCUGCCAUCAGUGAGCAAUAUAUGAACUAUAAAUACUUGUUUAAAAUGGAUGCAUUUAGAAAAAGAUGAGCAUAUGCACUAAGCAUGAGUAGUAUAUUUUUCACCUUAAUUAUAUUUAUAGUCUGUGCACCAAGACUGAAACAAUCACUGCAGUAUUGCUUAUUUUUCAAUAUAUAUCUGUACAAUCCUUCCAGAACAAAGUGUCAUGGCAUUGGAAUGGUAAACACAGAUGAGUCACAGUACUGAAUGUGCCAUAAGACUUCUAUAGGUUAGCUAUUCUGUGUUGUUUUAACACCCUAGUUCAUUGCAUAGAAUGUUCUCAGUGUGUGAAAACGUAAGGCUUUUGCCAAAUCCUGCUCUCAUUGAAAUCGAUAGAAGUUUUGUCACAGACUUCGUUCAGGGCUAGAUUUUUUUUUCCAUUGAUUUUUUCACCUGGUUUUGUUGUUAUAAUAAACACUGAUACAUUCCCAGGAAAAUUAAAUAAAAACUGAAUACAGAAAUACAGAUAUAUCAGAUAUCUUACUAUAAGUGGAGCAAAAAUUGUUUUCUGAAAACUUGGAAAAAAUCGUGUUUUUUCUUGCUUAAUAAGGUCUUUUAGGGAAUCCUUUCUAUUUAGGAAAUGAUGUUGUAACUUUAAGGCUGCGCUUGUUACCAUGGUAACAUGUUCACUUGCCCUUAGUCAAUAUGUACAGUUUUAAUAGAAUGGAGAGUGAGGGGAAUGUAGGUCACACAGUUGUAUUCUCAAAGGUUUUGUAUAAGUUUGCAUUUGUGGCUCAUUAUUACUGUCUCAUCUAGCAUUAUAAUAUUGCAACCCCUUAAAUAGAAUUCUUGUUUUCUAUUUCAAAUUACCUCUAAUGUCUUCAAAUUAAAGAGCCACCUCAAGUACUCUGGAGCAUCGUUUAAAAAAGCUGCAUUUACAAACAUGAUGUCUGUUCAUUGGUAAACUUAUAUUGAAAUGAAAACAAGUAAUUGUUUUGUGCAUGAUGAUCUGUACCUGAAACCCUGAUGAAAUUAGUCUUAAAUGUGUCUGUUUUUGUUGUCUAACAAAAAAAAAAACCACUAGUAUGUUUAUAACAACUUUCAUCCUCUUUAACAAGAUCAAUCCAAAACUCAGACAAAUCAAGAUAAUUAAUGUUAUAACUACUGAGACUCUUCUGUGCUUUCAGUAAAAAGGUUGUAAAUAUGUAAUCUGUACCUGGUGUAUUGUAUGUAUAUAAUAUAUCUUGAGAGCAUACCACCUGACUGCAUAAUUUCAUUUAGAAAUGGACUAGCCUUCUCCCGCUUUCAUAGAUUGUUCAUGUUCUGUUUAGCAUUUAGAAUGUGUGAAUACAAUGGGGAAAUAAAUCAGAGCAUCUUUC